CACUCUAUCAUUUCUCUACUCAUGGAAAAAAAGCAAAGCUACUUGCCAACCGAAAAGGCAAAUAAGGCAAGAAAUUUACAAGAAUUGGAGUUGUUUGUCUGUUUGACUGUUAGAUCGGAAUUGCUCCUUUUUACAGCAACCAAACUCCCUUAUAGAAACAAGAACAUCAAUCGAUGUUAAAGGCUUGGACAUCGAUCUUUGAGAAAUUCCGAAACAAAACAUCACACUCUCCCUUUCAGCUUCUCAAGAGAUGGGAGGCGGAACGACAGAUCCGAAUGAAGAUACAGCAGGUGUUUAUCUCCCCCUUCGGAAUGACGAUGGCAUUGUUAAUGAUUCGGGUGACAGUCGAUUGAAACAGCUGGGUUACAAGCAAGAACUUAGCCGUACCCUCUCGCUAAUUGCAAAUUUCUCAGUGACCUUCUCCAUUGUGUCAGUCCUCACUGGUCUGACAACGAUGUACAGUUCGGGUCUAACCUAUGGCGGGCCAGUUACGAUGGUAUAUGGGUGGCCGGUAGUGGGUAUGCUGACCCUCACCGUGGGGAUGUCAAUGGCCGAGAUUUGCUCUGCUUAUCCCACUUCUGGAGGGCUUUACUUUUGGAGUGCAAGGCUUUGUGGCCAAGAUUGGGGGCCUCUUGCUUCUUGGCUCACUGGCUGGGAAGUAUUAUCUCGUUGAUUUCGGGAUAUCCAAAUGAGUAUGGUUACUUGGCUGGUUGAAACUCUCAUGCUGAUAACUCCAAGCUGAAUACUGGAACAUGUGUUUUUAUCUAAACAAGUUAGAAGUUGUGAUUGUGGAAAGGCAAUCAUAUAUGCCUGUGACAAAAAAAAAAUUAAAAGGAGCAAUCUUAUUCCUAUAAUUCUACAAAUCUAAAAAUGAGUAAUUAGUAGUUCUAUCUUUAUCAAGCAUGAUUGAUUUUCUUUUCUUUUGUUUUUUUAAAAAAGACUGACAUAUAUGUUGUUACAAUUAAUAAAUUUUGGUAGCGUUUGGAAACACAAUUAAAAUUGUGUUUUUUAAAAAUUUGAAAAAAGAAAUUGUUUUCGAAUCGUUUUAAUGUGCUGACGGCAAAAAUAAUUUUAAAAAAAUAAAAAAUAUAUAUUAUUUGAAUAUAUUUUCGAAUAAAAAAAAUAUUUUAAACUAGCAAAGUUGAAGGUAUAUAUAUCUUUUAUUAGAUGUUGAGUCCAUUCUGGACCUUUGAUUGGUAAAGCCCUCCUGAAUUUUAUUUUAACAGAUUGGGCCUUAAAACCAUCAAAUCUCUAGAUUUGGCCAACAGUUUUAGUUGAGCUAUAUAUAUAUCUAGAUUUUUUUUUAUCUUUGAAUUGGGUCUGAGCUCGUCAAAUAUGAUAUUAUCAAACCACAAAGAGCGGAGCAUUCUGGGCUGGAUUGGAGCCACAACAAGGAUGCUAAUUGAUAUUUGACAUAAAUCAUAAACAAUCAUUUUUUUUUAAAGAACUCCUUGCUAGUUAUGUCAUCCUUCCCUUAACAACUAUUACAUUAUCUUUCAUUCCACUACAAACUGGAUAAUUUUUUUUAAAAUAUAUUAAGAAAAUAAAGAAUUGUUUUUAUUAAUAAUUUGAUUAUAAACUUUAUGUGAGGUCUUUUGUUUUCUUACCUAACACCUAUUUCGAGUAUAUUUUUUUUUACUCAAAACACCUAUAAAACAUCUUAGAAAUCUUAUUAAACUAGUCUAUGGCCACGAAAAACAUGAAAACCCGUCUCAAAACACGAAAUUCACCCGACACCAAAAAAUAUCUCAAGCUCAUAUAUGAUUUUCUAAGUGUUUUCAAGAUAAAAAAACACCUAAUAUUAACUCUCCUCGUCAUAUAGAACUAUUUAAUUUAAAAAAACGAUUAUGUUCGUGUUGGGAUUGCAACAAGUUUGAUGGCUAAAAAAAAUAAACAAUUUUCUUUUUAUGUUGAUUGUUGUUUGUACUAAAUGUUAUUUUUCUUAUUAAAAUAAAUAAUAAAUUAAAUUAUGUCAUUUCUAGUCAUUUUCUAUACAACACCAACACCAAUCACAAUUUUAACCAAAUAUAUCAUGCCAUGAUUUUUGACAAAAUAAAAUCAAACCAUAAUUUUAACCAAACACAUAUUUUAUAUGAACCAACCACAACAAAAAUGAUUUUUUUAAAAUCACUUUUUUCAAACCACAACCAUGUUUUUGUGUUUGAGUAUAGCUGUGAUUGUUUUUUAAAGUGUUUUUUACUUAAAAAUGUAUUAAAAUAAUAUUAUUUUAUUUUUAAAAAUUUAUUUUUGAUAUCAGUGCAUAAAAGUAAAAAAUAAUAAUUUUUUUUAAAAUUUUUUAAAAGCAAUUCUAAAAUGUAAAAUCAAACAAAUUUACACAUUUUCCCGCUAGCAUUUAUAUCAUCACCGAACGCAAACAGCUAGCUCUCGUGAUUGUCAGGCUUUUUCAGAAUCAGUCUGACUGAUAAGGAAGGGUCUCAGGCCUGACUUGUUUGUACAUUGUAUAUGAAACGAAAGUGCCUGCAUUUAUAAAAUAUAUGGUAUUCAGGUUUGAUAGUAGGGACCAUCUUGACAAUUUGUAUUUCAAGUCUCGACCAUUGAAUUUGUGCAGUUACAUUUACUGCAUAAUGUAUGAAAUGAAUAUAAUAUAUAGUAUGUCUCCGGGAAAAUAUCCUCCGGUGAGAAAUCUCUUGGCUCUUGGCUAGGUUGGAUCUUGAAAAGGAAAGUUGAUAUCUAGAGAUGGAAAAUGGAUAUCCACUGUAUGGAAACACAGAGCAUAUACAUGAACCAGGAAAAAGAAGUACAUGCCAGCCAAUAUAAAAAGUAAUCAUUGAAUGUAUGGCAACUUUUAGAGUUAGCUUAGACCAUUACACUAUCUAAGCCUUGGACGCAUAUAAUGACAUAAACCAUCCCAAUCCUACUCAUCUUCGAAGAAUUGGUCUGUGUGGUUACUGUUAAUGAGGAAGUUCAUCCAGCUUCGAAUCUUAUAUUCAAGCUCAAUUGUCGGUUUCUUAGUAAAAUGACAAACGCGUAUCAUUUCGAAUGUUCAAUGAGUUUCAUAUCUGCACUCAUUUUUGUAAAAAAAAACAUCUAAUGUCAACUAAAAAUAGAAAUAUUGUUUCUUAGCCUCA